GAGUGGUCAAGGACGGUUGCCAGUUCAUGGAGGAGAGAUGCAACACAGCCGUGAGCUCUUUCUUCCUCCUUUCCUCAUCUUCCCAUGGUGAACUGAGCUCAUACUUCCUUUUUUUUCUUCUAAUUGUGCACAUAGUGUUUGGGUUGCAGUUGAUUCCUACACUCAGUUUCAGUGGUGGCAUGGUGUCCAUCUCCAGGCCGGUUGCAACCUUCUGCCCCCAUCAUUCCCUGUAUUUUUUUUCAUAAUUUACACACUAAGUUGUAGAUUGGUCGGAUCUAUUGGCAUUAGGCAGCACAAGAAUAACAAUAUUUGUCUGCUUUUUCAUGUGCAGGUUCAGCAGCGGCAAUGCUCAAGAUAAGAGUUAGGCCGGUCUGAAUAAACAGAGAUGAGCAGCAGCAGGGUUGGGUGCCCCAUUUGUACGCAUUGCAUUGGUUAAUUUUGUUGUGCUCAUGUUUCCGUUUCAUGCCUCAAGCUCAAGACGCGCGAGGUGAUGGUUUGGUUGGGAUGGUGCUGCUGCUCCGCAAGUACGAGCUUCUGCACUGUGUUUUGCUCUCUCAACUUGCCUCCCCUUGAAUGAAUGGACGCAGAAUAAUGUGUUGACAAGCUACAUGAGUGGUUGGCUUCUCGACUCCGACACUCUGUAUGGACUAGCCCGGUCUUUGCCCAGAAGUUCUAGAAGGUACAAUGCUGAAAAUUCAGUAGAACAUGGUGCUCCUAUAAAUACUGAUAAUCCGGAACCUGGCAACCAUUGGCUUUUGAAGUUUGGCAGUUUGUUAAAGAGCAAAUUGAUCCAAGGUCCACAGCCAAAGCACCACUCGAGUUUCAUAUGCAGUACAAAGACGAGGCUAGAAAUUGAUCUUAAGUCUGAAGGAACGUCACUUUUGAAAGAAGAACAAGGAUUAGCAAGAGGCUGCUAAGGAGGCUGCAACACCUCGUGCCCAACAUGGACAAG